AUGAGGCGACCGCCUCGCGGACCCAGUGAGCUCAUGUUGGUGACGACGCUGGUCACCAUGUGCGAGAGCCCCCAAACACCCACCCGCAUUGGGACCACCCAGGGGAUUUUCACGCUGUUUUGGUACUCUUGGACACAUGCAUGUACUGACUGUGUAGAGACAUCGAGAUGGCCGUGUCUGGACAUCAGCCCUGGGACAUGGCAGUACGAGGGCAGGGGAGAGCAGGACAUGACACCUGUGCAUACAUACUACCUCUAG